AUGAACGAUUAUUGCGGCAAAAAUUUCGAAAUCUUCAUUGCAAAGAGAGUACAAUGCAAUGAAAGAAUUGCAAGACUUGCGCGAGAAGGAUUUCACGAUAACGAAUCCAAAAAUUGUUACUUGCUAAUGGAUUGGAUCAAGUAUAACUCAUUAUCAACUUGGAUCAGGAAGAAAGGUCAAGAUAAUGGUGAUAUUAUAAGAAGCAUCAUCAAAGUUAUUAAAGUUAUACAUGAAAGAGGAUGGCUUCAUAGAGACACUAAGCCAGAAAACAUUCUUGUAGAGAAUGAAAGCCCCCUUUCUUUAUUAAUCACGGAUUUUGGAUUAAGCAGCAAAAUCAGCUCAAAUCCAAGUGAUAAAAGAGGUGCUCCUGAGGUUUUGAAGAUGCAACCUCAAAAUGAAUCUGCGGAUUGGCGGUCUAUGGGUCACCUAAUAUAUAGCUGUUAUGAGGAAUAUCUGUUACAACCUCUAAAGUUAUGUCUGAAAGUUAUUUUGGUGGAGAUAGAACACAAGUUGCAAAUGAUAAAGGACGGGAAUGAGCCCGUUAUAAAUAAAAUUAUAGAGAGAGGAUAUGCAGAUGUGUUGGCAAUGGACAUAUCCAUUGAUAUAACAAUCGACAAUGGACAGUUUUCCAUUGUGUCCAUUGCAUUGUCCAUUGUGUCCAUUGUGAUUGACGUAUUACAAAUCUCGAUUAAACUUAAAUGGAAAGAUUAG